UACAAAAACAGAAACUUCUUCUACAUACAAUUAUUUCCACAGUAAACCCCUUUUCCCUCUACACACCAAAAACCCAACCAAAUAAAUUCCUCCUCGCUCUGCACACAACACAACACACACACGCAUUCGUAUCACACCAACAACUAAAACAUCAAUAACACAGCACCAUGUUCACAGUUCUGCUUCUGCUCUCGUUCCUUCUAAGCACCUCCUCUUCUCACAACCUAUCAUACCCUCAUUUCCAACAACUCGACGUAAAACAAACCCUCGCACAGACCAAACUCAUUCCAACCCCAACCCCAAAACAACCGUCCAACCACCACCAAACACCCAACACUGUCAUUGAUUCAUCAUCAACAAAAGGGAAACUAAAACUAGUCCACAGAGACAAAGUUCCCACCUUUAACACUUCCCACGACCACCAGACCCGGUUCAACGCCCGAAUAAAGCGAGACUCCAGAAGGGUCGCCGCCCUCCUCCGCCGCCUGGCCUCCGGAAAACCCACCUUGGACUCGGAGGCAUUCGGGUCGGAUGUGGUCUCGGGUAUGGAACAGGGAAGCGGGGAGUACUUUGUCAGAAUCGGAGUUGGAAGCCCGCCUCGGAACCAAUACGUGGUCAUAGACUCAGGCAGCGACAUUAUAUGGGUCCAAUGCGAACCCUGCACCCAAUGCUACCACCAAUCCGACCCGGUUUUCAACCCAGCCGAUUCCUCCUCCUACGCCGGCGUCUCCUGCGAGUCCACCGUGUGCAGCCACGUGGACAACGCCGGCUGCCACGAGGGACGCUGCCGGUACGAAGUCUCCUACGGAGACGGGUCCUACACUAAAGGAACACUCGCGCUUGAAACAAUCACCUUCGGACGAACCUUGAUCCGAAACGUCGCAAUCGGGUGCGGGCACCGCAACCAGGGAAUGUUCGUUGGCGCCGCUGGGCUUCUGGGCCUCGGAGGUGGGCCCAUGUCCUUCGUGGGCCAGCUCGGUGGGCAAACUGGCGAGGCCUUUAGUUAUUGUUUAGUUAGCAGGGGAACCCAAUCCCCCGGAUUACUCGAAUUCGGACGCGAAGCAAUGCCCGUGGGAGCAGCGUGGGUUCCCCUGAUCCACAACCCGCGGGCCCCAAGUUUUUACUAUGUUGGGCUUUUGGGUCUGGGAGUUGGGGGGCUACGGAUUCCCAUACCCGAAGAUGUUUUCAAAUUAUCCGAAAUGGGUGAUGGCGGAGUCGUUAUGGACACCGGCACCGCUGUGACGCGGCUGCCAACGGCGGCUUACGAGGCUUUCCGCGAUGGGUUUAUAGCCCAAACCACCAACCUUCCACGGGCUUCCGGAGCGUCGAUUUUUGACACGUGUUAUGACCUGUUUGGGUUUGUAUCGGUUCGGGUUCCGACCGUUUCGUUUUACUUUUCGGGUGGGCCUAUUUUGACCCUGCCAGCUAGGAACUUUCUGAUCCCAGUGGAUGAUGUGGGAACCUUUUGUUUUGCCUUUGCUCCUUCUUCUUCUGCCCUUUCCAUCAUUGGCAACAUUCAGCAAGAGGGCAUUCAGAUUUCUGUUGAUGGAGCUAAUGGGUUUGUCGGAUUCGGACCCAAUGUCUGUUAAGUAAUAAUACCCAUGUAUAUCAACAACCAUAUGAAUUUUGCUAGUUUUAGUGCAUGUGCUCAUUAAUUAUAAUAGAUAAUAAUAUUAUUAUUAUUAUUAAGGUGCUUGGGUUUUGAUUUUGAGAUGCUAAAAGUAAGUGGAAAAUUGUGAUGAAUGGGUGGUCAAAGAUUGGUAGAGUAACUGAGAGAGCAGUCAAAAGAAUGAUAGAAAAGUUGAUAUGGGUAAUGUUUAUGGUGUGGAGUGGAUAUUGAGGAGGAUCCAAGAGAACACUUUUAAUGAAUUUGAAGAGAUUCCCCAGUGUGAAAGCUGGUAGUGCAAUUGAAUGAUGAGGGAAGAAGGGGAGCCACCACCAUUAUGGGCAUGUGAAAACCAUCAAUAGGGACUCUCUGCUCUGCCUUUUGUUGGGACCUCUGUUUCGAGUGCAUUUCACCACUCACUUUUGCAAAGCCAAGCCAUUUCUGCUUUGCUUUUUCUCUUUUCAAGGAUCUAAGAUUAACAUAAAUCACCCUUCUCCAUUUCUUUUUAUUCCCUAAUGUGGUUCAUUAUUAGCACCAAAUUCAGCCUUACAUGUUCCAUUCACGUCAAUGCAUGAAUGUGUUUGAUAAUUUUAGCAGUGAAAAUGAUAUUUUUCGUGUCCAGUCCUUCGGCUUUGUAAGCACUUUAUAGGCCCACCAUAAAGUGGGAACCUGUUGGUGAAAAAUGGUGAAAGGAAAGGAAUCAAUUAAUGUACCCUUUGAUUAGAAAAUAAGAUCAUAUAGGAUAUACUUUGCA